ACUCAAAAAAUAAAUAAAUUUUCACAAUUCGAGAAAUAAUUUUUUCUACUGAAAUAUUUCUUUAAAAUAUAUCAAAGGAUGACCACAGAAAUUGAGAAUGGUAGGCCUGUUCUAACACCGGAGCAGAUAGCUGAAGCUGAGAAGUUCAAAGAGGAAGCGAAUUCUUAUUUUAAAAACAAAGAUUACGACAAAGCAAUAGAACUUUAUACAAAAGCAAUAGAAAUUGAUCCUCAUAAUGCAGUUUAUUACGCAAAUCGCUCACUUGCAAACCUGCGACAGGAAUCGUUCGGCUAUGCUUUGAAUGAUGCACUUUCCUCAAUGAAAAGCGAUCCAGGCUACUUAAAGGCAUACUACCGACGAGCAGCAGCUCAUAUGAGCCUCGGAAAAUUCAAGCUCGCUCUAUCAGAUUUUGAACUAGUCAGUAAACGACGACCAAACGAUGCCGAUGCUAAGAAAAAGUUCGUCGAGUGUAGUAAGAUUGUGAAGAAAAUUGCAUUCGAACGAGCAAUUGCUGUUGAUCGACCUGAAAAGACACUCGCUGAAAUGUAUCAAAGUCUAGAAUCAAUCUCAAUCGAAGAUGAAUAUAAUGGACCAAAAUUAAAAGACGAUAAAACUGUAACAUUAGAUUUCAUGAAGGCUUUAAUGGAACAUUACAAAGAUCAGAAGAAACUUCACAAAAAAUACGCUUACAAAAUUAACCAAAAGAUAUUUUUAGGCUCAACAAUGGCUGAUAUGUUCACACAAGUGUACAAUUUCCUUCCAUUGUGUCACCUUCUUAAUAAUCGUGUACUUGUUAUGCAUGGUGGAUUGUUCUCUUCAGAUGAUGUAACGAUUGAUGACUUAAGAAGUGUCGAGAGAAAUCGACAACCACCAGAAGAAGGAAUAAUGUGUGAAUUGCUUUGGUCUGAUCCACAACCUCAACCAGGUCGAUCACCAAGUAAACGAGGAGUUGGAUGUCAAUUUGGUCCGAAUGUAACUGAGAAUUUCCUUAAAAGAAAUAAACUUGAUUAUAUUAUACGCUCACAUGAAGUUAAAGACAUGGGAUAUGAAGUUGCUCAUGAUGGAAAGUGCAUCACCGUUUUCUCAGCUCCUAAUUAUUGUGAUACAAUGGGUAACAAAGGUGCUUACAUUAUUCUCAAUGGCAAGGAUAUGAAACCGCAGUAUGAAGUCUAUGAAGCCGUUCCACAUCCCAACGUUAAACCAAUGAUGUAUGCAAACAGUCUGAUGAACUUAAUUAUACAAUUACAAAUUAUAAUUAACGACUUAAAAUUUGAAAUAUUCGCGAACGUUUUAGGAUCACAUCAGUUUAAUCCUAUGGAGUUUAAUGAUUUGUUUUUGUUGGGCAAAUACGAAGUCAGAAAAAGAAUUUUAUUAAAUUGUUCUGGUUAUUUGAAAAAAUCAAUAAACAUGAGUAGCCACUAUCAGUUGACACCAGACGUAGAAUUUCGUUAUAUCGUGACCUGGUUCAAAGAUUUCUCAGAAUUUGAGAAAGCAGACUUUAUGGCUAUUUUAAUUCAGUGGUUAUUGAAGAAUAGUGAGAUCAACGUUAAUGGAUUGAGUGAUGACACUUCUAUGACUUCUAUCGAAGGCAAACCGCUCUCAAUCUUUUUAUGUCGAGUAAAACUCUUUAAGGAAUGGACACCAAAGUGGCCAAAUCGUUUACGUUCUAAACUCAUUGAGAAAUUGAAUGAAAUUGAUUCAGAAUUUGGUUUAAAAUUGAAUCAGGAGCUAGAAGACGCUUUAACAGUCGAAGAAGAAACAACUUCGGUUCAAAACGGAAUCGAUGCCGUACAUAACGGAGUUGCCAUGCUCGCUGUCACAGAGGAUUAAAGAAAACUGUAGAUGCUAUGAAAAAAAGGUAACAAAACAGAAAUAGAGGCCAACCCAAUAAGCAGCAAAUCUUUAUAUGCAGCUAAUUCAUUCAUGUGUUAUUAAUGCACUUCGAAUAUCUUUUUUUUUUAUUCAACUAUUAUAUUUUAAUUUAUAUCUCAUAGCUUUGUAAGCAAUGCAUUUUUUCAACUCUCUGACUUGAUUUCCAAGUCAAUCUUCAAUGUUGCGCACAGAUUUUAAAAUUCCAUUUAAAAGUAUUCCCUUAAACCGGAAAUCCACUUAAGACUGAGUUGCGAUAAUUCAUUAGAAUAAUUACUGAUGAUUCCAAGUAGCAAGAAGAUUAAUUAUUUUCGAUUUUAAUUAUAGUUAAAAAAGAUGUUUCUAAUAAAUGUUAUGAAUUCCUCCCCAUUUUAACAAAUUGAAAAAUAAAUAAUCAAAAAAUUAUAUAGAAACGUCGUUGAAGCAGAUGUUGAUGAAUCUAAAUAUUAAUAAUGUAUUCAAAGCAUGUUCUAUUUUUGUCAGUCAGAGAAUUUUAAAAAUGUUUCUUAGUCAAUUAAGAAAGGCGCAUUUUACUCCUACAAAUAUGAUCUUAAUUAAUCAAAAAUACAUUUAAAAAUUAGACUAGAUAUGAUGAUAAAAUGACAACAUAAAAAAACAUAUGAAUGUCUCAAUUUCAUGUUGAAGAUCAAAAUAAACUGAAUAAAGGAAGA